AGUAGUAAUUAAAAAUUCUUCAUUUCUUUUUCGAAGGCCAUUAACCACAAUGCAUAGCAACAUYACAACUAAAGAAUUCAACAAAUUUAAAGUACAAGUGCUUCCAGCGUUAUCCGAUAAUUUUAUGUACUUAUUAAUUGAUAAUAGCACGAAAGAAGCAGCCAUUGUUGAUCCUGUAUCACCUGAUGUGGUUUGGGAUGCAGUCCGUAAAGAAAAUGUUAAAUUAACAACCGUACUCACAACACAUCAUCAUUGGGAUCACGCUGGUGGCAACAAAGAACUUAUUAACAGCAAUACCAAUGACCAAUUGACUGUUAUUGGAGGCGAUGACCGAAUUGAUGGUCUUACAGUUAUGAUUGAUGCACAUGGAGUAGAUGUUCAAUUGGGAUCAUUAAAUAUUAAAUGUUUGCGCACACCUUGUCACACUACUGGACAYGUUUGUUAUUACGUUAAUGAAGGGCAAGAUGGUGUUGUUUUUACAGGAGAUACACUAUUCUUAGGAGGAUGUGGUAGAUUUUUUGAAGGGAAUGCAACACAAAUGUAUGAGGCACUAAUAAAAAUAUUAUCACAGUUACCUGACAGCACUGCUGUGUUUUGUGGACAUGAAUAUGCCAUUCAAAAUUUAAAGUUUGGCCUACAUGUUGAGCCAUCCAACCAAUAUAUAUUAAACAAAUUGAAGGAUAUCGAAGCUAAAAGAAAAUUGAAAGAGCCAAGUGUUCCAUCAACUAUUGGAUUAGAAAAGCUCAUUAAUCCGUUCAUGAGAGUAGAAAAUGAAUCAGUUCAAAAAGUUACUCAAACCAUUGGUAAUCCAAUUGAAACAAUGAAAAUGUUGAGGGAUUUAAAAAAUAAUUUAUGAAAAAUAAUACUUCUUUUUUACAAUAAUACAUUUUUAUACACUUGAAUAGAAAUUAU